AGAAAAUGUCGCGAUUUUUUUCUAAAAAGUGCAUUGAAAUUUUUAAAGUCGAUAUUAGUGCAUUAAUAGGAAUGUGCCACCCACCAAACUUCCUCAAUCGAUAGAAUAUUAAAUUAUCUAUCCAGUGAUGGUAGAAUUUUUCAGAUUGAGGCAUUUUUCUGGGUGACACAUUUCUCGAAAGUCGAGGGAUACCUAGGGAUCACAGAAUUCCUAUGGAAAUAGAGCUCUUGUCAGGCCCCUGUGUCAAACAAUAAUGUCAACUUUUUUGUGGUGCGUGUCUUUUUUUUACAUCUCAAGAAUUUAGCUCAUUUUGCAGUUUCCCUUCAUACCGUCUUCACAUCUCAACGAGGAGACUUCAUUGUGUAUUCACAGUAGAUUCCUAGGAAGGUGGAGAAAACUCCCCAAAACAAAGCGCUCCACAAUGGCUAGGUAGUCUCAGCAACAGAGAGCCAGCUCAUCUCUUUUUUCCUGCAUUUCUGUGAGGGAGAACAUUUUCGCAGCAAAACUGCGGAGAUUUAUUGGCGCCUGUGGUGUUGUGAUAAGCAGCCGAGAAGAUAGUUCAUGAGAUUUGCCUGGAGACGGUGGAGAAUGAGCAACACGGACGUCCCCAUUGGCACGAGGUGUCUCCAAGUCCUCAGCACACACCUCUGUCCUCGUGUGCGGAUCAACAGACCUCUCUGCUACAAAUUUAGCGUCCUGGCACUGACCUACAUUGCCUACUGUUGCUACCACUUGACGCGGAAACCCAUUUCCGUGGUUAAAUCCGUCCUACAUCGCAAUUGCUCGACUGUAGCCCUACCCAGGGGUGUCCUGCUGAGCGAUGCCAUCGAUAAUAGUACAUGGUGUGACUAUCCACCCUUCGAUGGACCCAAUGCACCCGCCCUAUUUGGCACCCUCGAUUCAGCCUUCCUCUUCUGCUAUGCCAUUGCAAUGUUCGCUUCGGGCUUCAUUGCUGAACGCGUCUCCCUGCGGUACUUCCUCACAUUCGGCAUGCUCCUCUCGGGAAUCUUUUGCUACCUCUUUGGCUUAGCAAAGACCUACAACAUCCAUUCAAUUGGCUACUUUGUCUUUGUGCAAGCCAUGGCGGGAAUUUUUCAGACCACCGGAUGGCCAGGGGUAGUCACCGUAGUCGGCAGGUGGUUUGGCAAAUCGAAGCGUGGCUUGAUAUUUGGCAUUUGGAAUAGUCACACGUCAAUUGGGAAUAUCUUUGGGUCGCUCAUUGCUGCCAAGUACGUGGAGAGUGAUUGGUCCAUGUCGUUUAUUGUGCCAGGACUCAUAAUGGGGGUGUGUGGCUUCAUCUUGUUCCUAUUCCUUGUGGACUCACCGGAUUCCGUGGGGUGUGCCGAGAGGCAUAUCGAGACACGGCGGAGGGAUCAGUAUUCACGUGUGGAGAAUGCCGACAGCCCAUCAGAUGAUUCAGAUCCAGAUGACACAGACAUUGUCGUAGGAGAGCAGGAGGUCAGUGGCAACAUCGUGAGACCACUCAGAGGCAGUAUUAACACUGAAGUUACCAUGAGGGCCAAUGAGCGAAGUCCAAUGCUGGGCAGUGUAACGUCACUGUCGAGCUCAAAUUCAAGUGAAGCCAUUGGAUUUGCCGGAGCGCUGCGGAUACCGGGUGUCGUGGAGUUCUCACUCUGCCUCUUCUUCUCCAAACUCGUCAGCUACACAUUCCUCUACUGGCUCCCGCUCUACAUUCAAUCCUCAACGACGUUGGGUGCUGAAUUGAGUGCAGAUCUGUCCACGCUCUUCGAUGUGGGUGGGAUCAUCGGGGCAAUUGCUGCCGGUGUACUGUCUGACUAUACAAAUAUGCCCGCGAGUACAUGCACCGGAAUGCUGGCUGUAGCUGUUCCAAUGCUGCUUGUCUAUCAGCACUGGGGCACGCUCUCACUGCCCGUGAACAUUCUCCUGCUCUUUGUGGUGGGUAUUCUGGUGAAUGGCCCCUAUGCCCUGAUAACCACCUCCGUGAGUGCAGAGUUGGGUCAGCAUAGCUGUCUCGAUGGCAACUCCAAGGCUCUCGCCACCGUAACAGCAAUCAUCGAUGGCACGGGGUCCAUUGGAGCUGCUGUGGGGCCCCUCCUGGCGGGUUUGGUAUCCUCAUCGGGGUGGGAGAAUGUCUUCUACAUGCUCAUGAUCUCGGAUGUGUUGGCACUUUUGCUGCUCGUACGACUCGUCACGAAGGAAUUUAAGCGCCGGAAGCGAAAUGUUCGUAUCGAGUGAAUUCUCCGUGUGGAAUCUUUUAGGGAUUUUAGUUAAUAUUCAUUGUUGUUUAUUUCAUCAUUUACCAAUAAGUACGGAGAUUUUGGGAUGGGUGAUUUUUGAACCAAAAAUCGGCUAUUAAUAGUAUUUUGUGAGAGAGAAGAGAAAAGUAAUUUAUAAGACAUAACUCAUGAAAAAAAAACUCCAAAGGUUCAUUAUUGAAAAAAAAAAACACAUUAUUUUGUAAAAAGUAAAGAAAAAAAUCCCUUGUAAAUACAGAGAUCUGUUUGCUAUCUCUUGGGCAAAUUUUUUUAGCGUUUUUAUAAGAAAAUCUUGAGAUAAACUCAUAAUAUGAAUAUUUUACCCUUUUCCCUUCGAAUUUUAUCAUUUUUUUGAUGAGUUCAUCAUGUACAAAAUUUCACGCUAAAAUAAAAACAUUAGAGGGCAUGAGAUAAAUUUUUAUCAAAAACAACCGCGUCAGUGUUUUACGGACAAUAAAAGAUAAAUUGUAAUUUUAACAAUUAAAAUUUAAUAUUGUCGUCUUAUCAGAUAAAGAUUGAAGUGGUGUGUGAAGAAAACGUCGCAGAGGCAUGUAGAGUUUUGUGUGGAUCUGCAUUCUAUAAAGGUUACCCAAAAAAAAAUGGAUAAAGAGUGUGAAUCUCUCAUUUUACCAUCGAUUAUCCUCUUUUUAAUCAUCCUGGUAAGGCACGGAAGGAAGUUUAAUUAAUUUAUUCCUCAAAAAAAAACUUUGUACAAGAAAAAUAAAAAGAAACUUCUUGAAAAAUUA